GCCCCAGGCAAAUCCGAGCACAGCUUUUCUCUCUUUCGCUUCCCUUCAUUGGCUGAUUGCCUUCAUGCACGCACACUUAUUCGCGGCUUUCUGUUAUAUCACAGUUCCUCACUUUUCUAACGUGUCUUUCUAUUGGUUCUUUUUACCUGAAGAAUGGCGUAUGGGUAUAUAGGGCCCUCUAGCCAACAUCACACCGAACCGAACCGAACCGAACCGAGAGCGAGUAUAAAAAUAAUAUUUUUAUAUAUAAAUCAGCGUAAAGAAGACUGAGUUUUGUUAAAAGGGAAGAAGCGUACAAUAAAAGUUGGAAUAGCAUCGACGCAUGUGCUUUAUGCAUUCAUUGCUAUCGUGCUACCCGCGAUCCUGCCGUCCCUUCAACGGAAAUCUCUACAACCUUCAAGGUUUUCUCGCAUUUCGUUUACAAGAGGUCUGGCCAACGAUUCAAGCCAAUACUCUACGAUUCGAGAUUUCGGAAUUUCUCCAUUACCGGAUAGUCUACGGAAUAAACCCCCUCAUAAUCUUACACAAGUUAUUAAACUACUUUUAACAAACGGUUCUAAAGUUAACAGCAAUACUGGAAAAUUUAAUCAUACUCCACUUCAUUUUGCUGUUAUAAAUAGUGACAUAGAAAUUGUUAAGAUGGUUCUAGACAGACGUGAUGACGUUAACGCCAGUGAUGAUGACGGUGUUACACCACUGUAUCUUGCUGUUCAAAGAGGACAUGUUGAUGAUGUAAGGAUGCUUAUAGACAAAGGUGCCAACGUUAAUGCUGAAAUUCGGAAUGGCACAACUCCGCUUUACUAUGCGAUUGAACAUGAAGAAAUGGAAAUUGCUGAAUUACUUUUAAAUCAUGGAGCUAACGUUAACGCCAGUGACGAUGACGGUGUUACACCACUGUAUCUUGCUGUUCAAAGAGGACAUGUAGAUGCUGUUCAGAUGCUUAUAAACAGAGGUGCCAACGUUAAUGCUGAAAUUCGGAUUGGCACAACUUCGCUUCACAAUGCGAUUGAAAAUCUAUGCUUAUGAUCCAGUUACUGAGCUUCUUACACAGCAUAUAGUUAAGAUAAAAACUGCAAAGUUAUACGUAAGUGAAAAAUUAUUAUCAAUGAGUAGCAUAUAUGAAACAAGAUAUUUACAGUAUAUGUGUGAAAAAGAAGUAGCAAUCAUGAAGAAUAAGAAAAUUAGUAAUUCUAACAUUUCAUUUUAUGAUAUCUUGAUAAAAGAUACAAAUCCACUAGCAAUAUAUAUGAGAAAUGAAAAUGUAGUGCAGGUUCUAAGAUCAGACGAUUAUAAAACAAAAUUUCCAAUAUACGCUAGCAUGAUAAAAAAUAAGUUCAGAAAAGGUAUGGAAAGGAAAGAGUUGCUCGAACAAGGCACUAAAAUUUUCAAUUUUUUCUGUAACUUUCCUGAGCUACCACAUGAGUGUAUUGAUCAAAUAUUUAGUUACCUAAGUGAUAACGACGUAAGAAUUUUAAUAGAUACUUGUAAGUCUGUUAGUGUCAGUAAUCUUAAUACUGAUAUUAAUGAUGUAACACUUACUUCAAAUACAUCUAAAGUGCUAUGUGUGUAAGUUAAGGAAGAACGAACUACUUUAAACAUGAAAUAACAGCUAUAAAAAUUUAAAGAUUAUUACUUUAUUUUAUGUGAAUACAGAUUACUAUCUUAUUUUAAAUUUAUAUUUUUGUAAGAGUUUAUCGUAUUUUACUUUUUUAAAAGUUGGUUUUUACGUCUAUAUUCUCUUGGAUAUGUUUUCUUAUAAUGAAUCCAAGGAAAACUAGGCUGUUUUAUAUCUCUCACUUUUUCAAACUUUGUGUCAGAUUUUAUAACAUUUGUACAACGAAAAAUUUAUACACAUUAAUCCGAUGAUACUCUUUCAUUGAACAGAUUGUAACACGUUUAAUUGCUUUUAUUAAUUUAAAUUAAAAAAUAAAAUUAGAUUGGAAAACUUUGAA